AUGACGUCAGAAACGAGUGCCAACGCUGAACGAGCUAAAGUCGGCGCAUGCGCUCUGAGGGCAGCGGCCCCGCGCAAAACCCGAGGCUUGCGGCUGCGGCACUGCGGUGGUCCCUCCCGCUAAGGUCGGUUUUCUAGCCUGACGUGCCCUUGAGCUGAGAACCAUGAACCGCAGCCGCCAGGUGACGUGCGUGGCCUGGGUCCGCUGUGGCGUGGCCAAAGAGAUGCCAGACAAGGUAGAGCUGAAUAAAGAAGAAGUAAAACGACUCAUUGCUGAGGCAAAGGAGAAGUUGCAAGAAGAAGGUGGCAGUGAUGAAGAGGAGACAGGCAGUCCUUCAGAAGAUGGCAUGCAGAGUGCACGCACCCAAGCACGCCCAAGAGAGCCCCUGGAGGAUGGUGACGCGGAGGAUGACAGGACCCUCAAUGAUGAUGAGCUGGCUGAGUACGACUUGGAUAAAUACGAUGAGGAAGGUGACCCAGAUGCUGAGACUCUUGGUGAAUCUCUCUUGGGUCUUACAGUCUACGGCAGUAAUGAUCAGGAUCCUUACGUUACUCUGAAAGAUACGGAACAAUAUGAACGUGAAGAUUUCUUGAUUAAGCCCAGUGAUAAUCUCAUAGUUUGUGGCCGAGCUGAACAGGACCAGUGCAAUUUAGAGGUGCAUGUUUAUAAUCAAGAAGAAGACUCCUUUUAUGUACACCAUGAUAUACUCUUGUCUGCAUAUCCUCUGAGUGUGGAAUGGCUGAAUUUUGAUCCUAGCCCAGAUGAUUCUACUGGAAAUUACAUUGCUGUAGGAAACAUGACCCCUGUUAUUGAAGUGUGGGACCUUGAUAUAGUGGACUCUUUAGAGCCAGUCUUCACCCUUGGAACUAAACUUUCAAAAAAGAAGAAAAAGAAAGGAAAGAAGAAUUCCUCAGCAGAAGGGCAUACCAGUGCUGUCCUUGACCUUUCAUGGAAUAAGCUAAUCAGAAAUGUUUUGGCAAGUGCAUCAGCAGACAACACUGUAAUUCUGUGGGAUAUGUCCAUGGGGAAGCCAGUAGCUAGCCUCGCUGUACAUACAGACAAGGUCCAAACGCUGCAGUUUCAUCCAUUUGAAGCGCAGACUCUGAUUUCUGGCUCGUAUGACAAGUCAGUGGCUUUGUAUGACUGCCGAAGUCCAGAUGAAAGCCAUCGAAUAUGGCGAUUCAGUGGGCAGAUAGAGAGAGUGACUUGGAAUCACUUUUCACCUUGUCAUUUUUUGGCCAGUACAGAUGAUGGCUUUGUAUAUAAUUUGGAUGCACGUUCAGAUAAGCCAAUUUUUACACUUAAUGCACACAAUGAUGAAAUCUCUGGUCUUGAUCUUAGCAGUCAAAUCAAGGGCUGUCUCGUGACUGCUUCAGCAGACAAAUACGUGAAGAUCUGGGACAUCUUAGGAGAUAGGCCAAGUCUAAUUCAUUCUAGGGACAUGAAAAUGGGAGUUCUCUUCUGUUCUUCAUGUUGCCCUGACUUGCCAUUUAUUUAUGCCUUUGGAGGUCAAAAAGAAGGGCUUCGGGUCUGGGAUAUAAGCACAGUCUCUUCAGUAAAUGAAGCAUUUGGAAGACGAGAGAGGCUUGUUCUUGGGAGUGCAAGAAAUUCAUCUGUUAGUGGCCCCUUUGGCAGCAGGAGCUCAGACAUACCCAUGGAAUCUUAAUGAAGAUCAUCUAAUUUCCUGUUUACCUUAACUGGGAAUUUU